CCGCUCAACGCGAAUCAUUGGCCGCUUCGAAGACCGGCAAUCGGCGACUUCCUAAAUAAAUAGACGGACGCGUCACUAACUUGAGCACCGCGAGAUUCUUUGAUUUGGUGAAGUUUUGAAAAUCAAGAAAACAAACAAAUAUUGAAUAAAAAAUAAUAAUAACAUUUUUCUAAAAUUAAAAAAAAAAUCAUUAGAUCGUUAGUUUUUUUUUCUUAAACAAAUAGUUGUUUGAAAAAAAUAUUUUGUUUUGAGUGAUUUUGAUUGUGCACAGGCCAACAAGAAAAUGUUGUUGUUAUUUGUGUUUGUGUCAUUGCAACUAUCUUUUGGUUGGUGUCAACUUUCAUGGUGUGAUCCCUCUCUGUGCGAUGGUCGCACCGAUAUUCGCCACAUUGCCUGUGGAAAUUAUGGGCAUUUCGCCAAAAAUUGUCAACCUGAUGCCAAAGUGAUUGACAUAAAUCCAUAUCGGCGUGUGUUUGUUGAUGAGCACAAUAAACGGCGAAAUUUAAUAGCCUCCGGGCGAUUGCCCGGCUACUAUCCAGCCUCCAGAAUGGCCACAAUGAUAUGGGAUGAAGAACUCCAGUACUUGGCCGGCUUGAAUGCACGCACCUGCAUUUUAGAUCACGAUGAUUGCUAUCAUACCUACCGUUUUAAGAAUUGUGGGCAAAAUCUUUGCGCCAUUUCUCGUUCAAAAGAGGCUCCAUUGAAUGUUACCAAUCUAAUAGAUCAAACUAUACAGUUGUGGUUCGAUCAUGAGCAUCAUUUGGUGGAUAGUUCAUAUGUCACGGCAUUUCGUGUUUCACAUCAUUUUGAAAACUAUGGCCACUUUACCGAAAUGAUUGUCGAUCGAAAUAUUCGUCUUGGCUGUGCCAUUAUACAAUACACCCGACCGGAUUAUCCCCAUGUCCAUGUCUAUCAUGUUGUGUGUAAUUAUGCCUCAGUGUAUGCAUUGGAUACGCCACUCUAUAAUGUAGGUCGUCCGGGUAGCGGCUGCAUAACCGGUGUUAAUCCACGUUUUCCUGCCUUGUGUUCAGUCAAUGAAUUUUUCGAUCCAAACUAUUGAAAUUUUGUUGAUUUUAUUGAAUAGGAGAUGAGAUUUGUAGUUUAGAGCUAUGUGUUUACUUUUUAAAUAUUGUAAUAUUAUUUUAAGUUACAUUUUUUUGUUUAAUGUAAGAAUAAUGUUAAGAAUGUUUUGUAAUUAAUCUUAAGAAGAUCACAAAAUAAAAACAAAAUAACAUAUGGAUGACGUAG